CUAAAUGACCACCAUGACGUGGGAGAAGCAUUGAAAGCAACAGUGGCCGCUUCUGGUGACGUAUUCGUGGACGACGACGAUGAUGAGGACGACGAAGACUCUACUGACCACCAUGUACUAACUGCAGCAGGAGGUCCAAGUGUUACACCAGGUGCAGCUAGUGGUGGCAUUACUGUUGCAACACCAGCAGCGGGA